AUGACCGAAGCACAGGAUGUCCUGCGUUACUGGUUUGAUGGCGACCACGCCGAGACGCACCGGUCCAAGUGGUUCGCACCCGAUGGCUCUGACAAGCAGAAAAACACGGACAUUGACAUUGCGCAUCGUUUUGGCUCGUUACUGAAGCGCGCUGAGGCGCAGGAGCUCGAGAGCUGGCGCACCGAGUCUCCCGACACGUGUGUGGCCCUUAUUAUCGUCCUGGACCAAUUUUCGCGUCAUGUGUAUCGAGCUCGUGAUGUUGCUGUCGAAAACAGCGAGCAACUCAAGCGGAACGACGCGCACGCGCUGGCAGUGGUCGAGCAACAUUUGCUGGCAAACAGUUGGCACGAGAAGCUGCCCGUGCCUCACUUUGUGUUUGCGUUGAUGCCAUUGCGUCACUCGCCAACUUCCGAACGACUGGAUCAGGUUUUAGCAGCAAUUGAAACGUGUCGACAGGUACACGAACAACAUGGCAAGUUGCUGGAGAAGUUCCGACGGACGACGACUGGGAGACGGCAGCAUUUGCGAGAAAGUUUGGAGGACAAGACAGAAAGCCGUGCCGACGACGAUAUUCUGGAGCGAGCAUUUAUUGAGACUGACGAGAGCGACAUGCCUCGACAUCGACUGUAUUGUGCACUAGACGAGUAUCUGAAGCAGCAGAGGGCUCACGAGUAUUCACACAUGGCAGUCUCGCUGUCUGGAGGUGUGGACUCGAUGGUCGUGGCGUAUUUGCUGCACAAGCUGAGAGAAAAACAUGGAGGCUUUGCAGUCGUGGCAGUUCAUCUUGACUAUGGAAACCGCCCCGAGAGUCGAGCAGAGUGUGACUAUGUCCAUCGCUGGUGCACGAGAUUCGGUAUCGUUUUUCACGUGCGUUGCAUUGACGAGAUGAAGCGCGCGACGACAAGACGGGAUGAGUACGAGCGUAUGUCGCGUACGAUUCGGUAUACGACGUAUGCCGAGGUGAUGCAGCAGUAUAACGUUCCGGGAAUGUGCUUCGGCCACCAUCGAGGUGACGUGCAGGAGAACGUCAUUUCAAACAUGAUGAAGGGUCUGAGUCUGCUCAAUUUGAACGGUAUGCAGGCGAGUAGCAUAGUGAACGGCGUGCGCAUUUGGCGUCCGCUGUUGGACUUUGACAAGGACGUCAUAUUCGAGUUUGCACAUCGAUACGGCGUGCCGUACUUCAAAGACACGACACCAAAAUGGAGUACACGUGGCAAACUACGCAACCACCUCGUGCCUCUCCUCAGCGAUAUGUACGGUGACGGUUUCCUUAACAACCUCUCGGCACUAGGCGCCGAGUCAACGCAAUGCGCUGAUCUUGUGCAUUCGCAAGUUUUGACUCCCAUCAUGAAAUCGGUUGGACAAAGCAAUGUUGCGGUGUGGGUAGACUGCGGACUGCUAUUGAAUAAGCCUUUCUUUGUGUGGAAGGAAGUGUUUCGCGAGGUGUGUCAUUCCAUCAUGGGCAACAGUAUGGUGCGCGACAAGCCCCUGCACGAACUGAUUCAGAAGCUAGCGCGUCUAGACGCUAGCUCGACUGAUAAGGCCAAGCACAAGAAUAAAGAGGCCGAGACGGGAUCAUGGAUCACGCUCAAAAAGGGUAAUAGGUCGCUCCUGACCACCUGCAAGCAUCUCGUCAUCUUCCGCGACCGCUUCUUCCCACUCGAAGCGUACGUCGCUCCUCUGUAUCCUAUUUCAGCAGGCGAUGCGUACGUGUUUGGCCCGUGGAAGGUGCAAACAACGUUGCUGGAUGAGGAUCACGCCACGGUGCAAGAACAUCGCGACCGCAAGCCUUUGACUGUAUGGGACUUGGUGCAUGACAACGGUGUAUCGUACGUGUUUCCGAAUGCCCCCCAAUUGGUCAUUGACUGCAACGUCCGCUUCCUUGCGCUGCGAUCCAUUCCAAAAGCCAUUACGGACGUCAUGCCCAUUGUAUCCUCUGUUGGCGCCUUCGACGUUGUGAGCACUGGCGACACCUCCUCGAAAUGGGUACACGCUUUGGUGACCUAUUCAUGA